GUUAACGCUGCAAGCAUGUCGCUGUCCACUGUUUUACCUGCCCCGUCGAAUCCCGUCUGGGAUCGGGACGAUGAACGCAAAAUGAAGACACCGUCGAUGGGCGCAUUGGUAAGUGCCAAGGUUGCAGCUCCUCCAUACGGGCAGCGCAAGGGUUGGAUACCCCGCACUGAUGCUGAUUUCGGCGAUGGAGGUGCCUUUCCGGAGAUUCACGUUGCACAGUACCCAUUGGGUAUGGGCGCUCCCGGAAAUGCAUCCAAAAAAUCGAAUGCACUCGCGGUGCAGUUAGACCAAACGGGAAAGGUGAAAUAUGAUGCGAUCGCUCGGCAGGGUCAUUCAAAGGAUAAGAUUGUGUACUCUAAUAUAAAUCAAUUACUUCCGGCGGAAGUGUUGGCAGAAGACUCGGAAGAACUCCAAUUGCCCGACCAAGAGGCUAUUAAUGAGAUAACCGAAAACACCCGCAAAGCGUUGGAAAAGUUGACCAACCAAAAGAUCGUAUCGGCUAUGCCGGUGAGAGCCGCUGAAAAACAAGCACCAGCACAGUACAUUCGCUACACGCCCUCUCAGCAGGGUGAUGCAUUCAAUUCUGGAGCAAAGCAGCGCAUCAUUCGCAUGGUGGAAGCACAAGUUGAUCCGAUGGAACCACCUCGUUUUCGGAUCAACAAAAAGAUUCCGCGAGGGCCACCUUCACCGCCGGCACCAGUGCUACACUCUCCAACCAGGAAAGUCACUGUCAAGGAGCAAAAGGAAUGGAAAGUUCCACCUUGCAUAUCAAACUGGAAAAACGCAAAAGGCUAUACCAUUCCACUGGAUAAACGUUUGGCUGCCGAUGGACGUGGACUGCAACAGGUGCACAUUAACGAAAAGUUUGCCAAAAUGGCUGAAGCGCUGUACAUCGCGGAUCGUAAGGCACGUGAGGCCGUCGAGGCUCGAGCCCAGCUGGAGAAGAAGUUGGCUCAAAAGGAAAAAGAGAAGAAAGAGGACAUGCUACGUCAGAUGGCACAGAGGGCGCGUGACGAACGAGCAGGCAUUCGUCACCCAGAUGCAGCUAACGAGAGCACCGCUGGAGGAUCAACAACAACCGACCUACGUGAGCGGGAUGAGAUUCGUGCUGAACGACAUCGAGAGCGAGCUCGUGAUCGUAACCUUGCACGAGCAGCACCAGAGAAACGUUCCAAAUUGCAGCGAGAACGGGAGCGAGAUAUUUCGGAACAGAUUGCACUGGGAAUGCCGGCCAAAACUAAUCUGGCAGGCGAAUCGCAAUUCGAUCAGCGUCUAUUUAAUACCUCCAAAGGUAUGGACUCUGGAUACGGAGAUGACGAAGCUUACAACGUUUACGACAAGCCUUGGCGCGAAUCGGGCACUCUCGGUCAGCAUUUGUAUCGCCCAAGCAAAGGAAUCGAUAACGACGCAUACGGUGCGGAUCUGGAUAAGAUCGUAAAUACCAACAGGUUUGUUCCAGAUAAAGAGUUUAGUGGCACAGAUCGCAGUGGGCAAACCGUCCGCCAGGGUCCGGUGCAGUUCGAAAAAGAGGAAGAUCCAUUUGGUUUGGAUCAGUUCUUGUCAAUGGCCAAGAAAGCACCGAAACGAAAAGAAGAUUCAUCCGCCGGAGCUAGUGGCAGUAGUAGUAACCGAGAUAAGGACCGCAAGAAACGUAGGGAUUAG